GAGAGAGAGACAGAGAGAGAGAGAGAGAGGGAGAGAGAGAGGGAGAGAGAGAGAGAGAGAGAGGGCUGUCUCUUCUCUCCUCACAGCAGACGGAGAUCUCUUAGCCACAGAGAGGAGCAGUUUUCUCGGACUCCAGGCAGCAGAAGGCUCGUGACUGAACACGGCCUGAGCUGAAGAAGGGGGGUCCCAAUCCCAAAGAGUGUAUAUGCGUGUGUGCAGCUAUGGGGAAGGACUACUACAAGACCCUGGGCAUCCCCAAGGGCUCCAACGAGGAGGAGAUCAAGAAGGCCUACCGGCGCAUGGCGCUGCGCUUCCAUCCUGACAAGAACAAGGAUGCCAAUGCCGAGGAGAAGUUCAAGGAGAUCGCUGAGGCCUAUGAGGUCCUCAGCGACCCCAAGAAGAGGGUCGUCUACGAUCAGCUAGGAGAGGAAGGGUUGAGGGCGGGAGGCAACAGCUCUUCAGGUGCUCCUGGCAGCUCAACGUACCACUACACCUUCCACGGAGACCCCCACGCCACUUUCGCCUCCUUCUUUGGCGGCUCCAACCCCUUCGACAUGUUCUUUGGCUCCAACCGCGGCCACAGCCGCUCCAACGGUUUCUCCUUCCACAACGACCAUGACGGGGAGCAGGACAUGGACGUGGACGAGGAUGACCCCUUCGCUCAUAUCGGGAGACAGUUUGGCUUUCCUGGGGGGAUGAACAACGGCUUCCCAGGGGAGGGCCGCAGGAGGAGGGGGGCGCCGUCGGAGCGCCUGGGGACCGGGCGGAAGCACCAGGACCCUCCGGUGGUCCACGAGCUGAAGGUCUCGCUGGAAGAGAUCUUCCACGGCUGCACCAAGCGCAUGAAGAUCACCCGCCGCAGGCUGAACCCGGAUGGGCGCAGCAUGAGGACAGAGGACAAGAUCCUCAACAUUAUCAUCAAAAAGGGAUGGAAGGAGGGGACCAAAAUCACCUUCCCAAAGGAGGGGGACGAGACCCCCGAGAACAUUCCUGCCGACAUAGCCUUUGUGCUCAAAGACAAAGGGCACAUCCACUUCAAGAGAGACGGUUCCAAUAUCAUUUUUAACAGCAAGAUCAGUCUAAAAGAGGCAUUGUGUGGCUGCACCGUAAGCAUUCCCACGCUGGAAAACCGCAUCAUCUCGCUCCCCUGUCACGACAUCAUCAAGCCCGGGACGGUGAAGCGACUCAGAGGAGAAGGCCUGCCUUUCCCCAAGAACCCGUCGCAGCGUGGUGACCUCAUCGUGGAGUUUUCUGUCCGUUUUCCCGACAGGAUUCCCCCUCAGUCCAGAGAGAUUAUCAGACAACACCUCCCCCAGUCGUAGGAGGACUCACCUUCAACCCCUCCACCGCCACACACUCCAGACUGAAUGGCCCAAACCCAGAAAACCAACCCUUGAUACUCCAAUUCUGACCCUCAUUGUCGUUUCCCUCCGCACCUCCAGUCCCCGUGUCCUCCUGAGUCAAUGCACGCAGCAUUGAACAGACGCUGUUGUUUGUAGGGACUUCACAGUGGGAGGAUAAAGGAAGGAUGCCUAGACGAAUGGCGGUAUCAGGAUGUAAUUAUUUGUGUUUGUUUUGUGUUUUGGCCCAAGCACACACACACACACACACACACACACACACAAACACACACACAAACACACAGAGGAUGGACUCAGCACAAUCGUCUUUUCUUAACUCUGUUUUUUACGGACUCAUCAGUGAUUUUAUAUGCUGUCCAACUCUCUGAUCCUCGUCUUUUUGUGAUAGGAUGAAGCGUGAGAUAUUUUUUAAAAAGACACAUUUUUUUUCCAAAGAAAGUUAUAAACAGGAGUAUUUAUUUCUACCUUGAGUGUACCAGCAGCUUCAGCGUGUUCGGUGCAAACUCCCCCCACCUGCCACCUGCUUUCCUCAUGUUUUCAGUCUGAUAACGCAUCGUGCUUGAAGUCUGUAGGCCAUUUAGUGAGACCUGUCUCCCCUAAAAUCAGUUGGGUGCAACACCACAGCGCACGUUGCCCAUGUUGCUCCAAACAAUAUUAGCGUAUCUCAGCUGCAUUGGGAAAUCUGGGAAUGACAAUCACGUCCAAUAACAGCAGUGUAAGCUCGGAUAAUCUGCACAUGAUAUGGGUGCUUUCCCUUCUGAACUGAAUAGCCUCGCUCGCUAUCUGAGGGACAUUUAGGUGCCUUAGCCCGGUGUCAUACCACAUAUGUGAACACACACACAGGUCACACUGUAACAAACACAACCAGCCAUGUUAAGUGCACAGACGAUGCCCUAUGCUGUGUUAGACAUUGCCAUUGGGGGGCUGGUGAUCCUGGACAAACAGUAAGUAAAGCAAUGUAAUGUCAAUCACCAUAUUGUACUGUAUGCGAGCAAGGACAUUUUGCGGGAAAGAUUUGAUACAAAACUGCUGAAUUUUUGCCAGUGCAUCCCUGUAAAGUGCCGUACAAGUACAGGUUGGAUUUCCCAGAGGAAUGAAAGCAUUGAAUUAAUCUGAAGUUCGUAGUAAAUAGUUGAGAUUUCUCUGGGAAAGCCAGCUUUGUUGUGUAUAUUCUGCUUUCUCUUGUGCCAUUUGAAGGCCAUGUCUCGGUGCUACUGUGAGCAGUGCCAAAAAUAGACCCCCUCGGUGUCUACUUUUCGGUUUCAUGGUUUCAGUUGGUGAUUUGAUAACUGCUUCUGUCCUCUGUAACAUGUGUACAUUGAACUUUACAUCUGUUUUUUCAAGUAGAAAACACUGUUUAGGAAACAGGUUUUGUAAUAUUGCAGCAGCCGUUCUCUCUCUCAGCUGCAGGGGGCUCUGAAAGCUCCCUUCAGCUCUUCCUACUGUACUUUACAGCAAUGAUAAGAUGUAUGUGUGAGUGUGGUUUAUGCAGGCAGCACUAGUAGGUCCUAUAUAUCAUGUGUAUGGAAAACGUUUGAAUGCAACAUGUUGAUAAAUGCACUUUUAUGUCCUAAAAGAGACUGAUGAAACUAUGAGGUGAUGGAGAGACUUGAAUGACUUGUCUGAGUGUGUGAGGAGCGUCCUGCCUCUCAGAGCCUCCGAGGACGCUGGACUGACUGAACCAGAAUGCACCAGUGCUGCUGCUGAGUGACGGUCACUGCUUAUGUGCAUUUGACAAUAUUUAUGAUCUUUUCAAAAUGGCAACAAAUAAACCAAAUGUGUGAACUUAA